ACAUUUGAUAAAUAUGUCAAAUAUAUGGAAUAGAAAUAUUUACCGUCAAGAACAAGAAGCAUUUGUUUCUGGUCAUGGUGGAACAAGCUCCAGAGAAGUUAUAUAUGCAAUUAUGCCAAAUGUUUGUAGUAUUCUCUUAACUACAACUACAAUGGGUCUUCUAGAUAGGGUUAUCCAUAGAAAUAUUAAAGUCCUGAUAGAAUUUGUAUUAAUUGUAAUUCCAUCUAUCUUAUGUUGCACUGUAUUAUCGGAGUAUGUUAUUAGUACAUGCUGUGCCAUGAUGCUGAUAUCUCUUAUUAAUAUUUUAUUCUUGGGAAUUAAUGUAAAUACAACGUCAACUUACUAUAUAAGGCCUACUCCUGGUAAAAGGCCUUUUAUUACAAAUUUUAGAGCAUUGACUAACAUGAUAACAGCAAUAUGCAUACUAGGUAUAGAUUUUCAUAUUUUCCCACGUAAAUUUGCUAAGACUGAGCUAUUUGGAUAUAGUCUAAUGGACACUGGUGUAGGGUUAUUCAUAUUGGCUAAUGCUUUAGUUGCUCCAGAAGCUAAAGACUUUGAUCCUAAACCUAGAAUAGGCUUUUUUUAUACUAUAUCAAAGAAUAUAACACAUUCUGCAAGAAGUUCUAUUCCACUUUUGGCAUUAGGCUUUGGCAGGUCUGUUGCCAUUGAAGUUCUAGGAUAUCAAAAACACGUAACCGAGUAUGGUAUUCACUGGAAUUUCUUUAUAACUCUCGCUUUUGUGAAACUGUUCACCAGUUCUAUAACAAGUAUUAUUAAUUCGAGGUAUUCAUUGUUAUCAGGAAUCUGGAUUUUAGGGAUGCACGAAUAUAUUUUGAGUACUAAAGGGUUAAAGGAAUGGGUACUAAGUAAUAGACCAAGAAAUGAUUUUAUAUCUGCUAACAGGGAAGGUGUAGUAUCCGUACCCGGAUACGUAGGUCUCUAUUUAAUUGGUGUAGCAAUUGGUAGAUUAAUUCAUUCCACUUAUAAGAAUGCACAUGUACAAAAUUCAUCUCAAUAUAAGCAUAGAAGAUUGCACUUUGAGUUUUUUGCAUAUGAAUUUGAUGAAAAUUACUUUGAGUCUGUAAUAUUGUGUAUUAAAUUAGCCUUGAUAUCGACACAAACUUGUGCUGCCAUUCUGUUUUGUGAGUCAUAUUUUAAAGUCUCUAGGCGCUUAGCGAAUGCAGGUUAUUGCAUGUGGAUUCUAACCACAGGUGUCGCGGUACUUACAUUAUUGUUAUUGAUAGAAAUAAUAUCCGAUAUAUUGAUUCAUACAACCUUGAACGUGGAAUGUUAUCAAAAGAAAGCAAAUGUUAGAAGCAAACGAGAAAGCGUUUCUGAUAAAUUCGAGGGAAACGCAAGCAAAAAUAGCAUUGAAAUAUUCGAAGCUAUCAAUUAUAAUGGUCUGCUUUUCUUUCUCGUAUCGAAUUUAAUGACUGGCGGUAUUAAUAUGCUAGUGCGUACGUUAUAUGUAAGUCAGUUAAAAGCUAUGCAAAUAUUGAUCGUGUACAUGGCUGUAAAUAUAUCGUCGGUUUUAUUAUUGUAUAGAAAACAGGUACAAAUUAAGUUAUAAAGAGAACAUGCUAUUCGUCGUACUAACAGCAUAGCGAAGUAUGCAAUUUUCUGCGUCAUGAAAUUAAAUUAUUACUCAACGUAAACAAUUAGUAAUUUAAAAAUAUUUCC